GGCGGCGUCACAUCAGUCUGGUAGUGCGGAAACAUCAGCCAUUUCAGAGAAAGAUAUGAGAUCUGCGUGGUAAGACCUUACAUUAAAGGCAUGGAAAAUAUUCAAGAGAUUUUGGAGGAGAUCGGCUGGGAUUCCAGCUUUAGAAUUCCAAUCGCCAACGAGGAAUGCAAGAAACUUGAAGAGGAAUUUAUGAAAAAGCAGCAGACCGUGAUCGCAAUGAAAGCGGACAUCGCAGAUCAGAAUAGCAAGUCUUCGUUCAUAGAAACUCAUCUGCAGAACGUGCUUGAUGAGUUUAACCAGAACCAAAGUCUCAUGGAUGCUCGGACGAAAGAGAUCGAGUCUGAAAACCAUCUACGAAGCCUCGCUGAAAGGGAAUCUGGUCGACUGAAACAGGAUAUCAAAAGUAUGACAAAUCUAAUGCAUGACGCUAAAAAAAGGCGCAUCAUCCUUGAGGGCGAUGUGGUCAAGUUGCAAGAGUCUGUCGAUUCGCUGAAAAAGGAAAUGACUUUUGAUAGGGAGGCUCUCGAGGCUUGGCUAAGGCAAAUGUCCGAAAGAGAUGACGAUAUAAUGGCAUUGGAACAUUAUGCUAGACUCGACGAAGGCAUGAUCAAGGACCUGAACCUGAAGCUAGAGCGACUGAAUGACGAAGAGCGCAACAGUUCCAAAAAACUUAAACACGCCACCACGGACCUGAUGUCUGUGAAGGUGGAACUAGAUAAGCUCGGCGAAGAUUACCGACGCUCCCACGCCGAACGACAGACCCUGCUGAACCAGUGGGAGCAGACGCUCCAACAGAUCCAAAAGAGAGAGCGGGACAUUGAUAAGGUUACUGAGCAGCUCGAACACCUUCAGGCCACCAUGAACAAGAGACAGGUGGCGCUAGAAGAGCAGAAACGCUUCCUUAACGCAGAGGAUAACAACAACCACGAGCUAGAGCUUCAGACAUCACAGUUAGAGCGUGACUGUGGCAAAAUUAGGGAACAGUACCAGCGAACAGAGCAAGAGCAGGCAGAGUUCAAUCGAGAACUCGAGGCACUAAAGACAAACGUAAGCAGAGUGUCCAUGAUGCUGGAGCGAGCACGUGUCACUGUACAUCAGCUGAAAAAUCAGUUUGGUGACAAGAACCGUGCUUAUAUUAAACUAAAAAUGGAGAAGGACAAUGUUGACAAGGCUUUGCAUGAGGCGCGUGAAAUGGCAAUGAGCGCGGAAGAAAGAGCUCAAAGGCUAGCCCGACUUUUGGAAGAAGAAGAAAACAAGCAAAAACUAAUGGACAAGGAGCUAAUGCGUCUUAAAGAUCUUCAGUUUAGGAAAAGUAAUGACCUGAUAAAAUACCAGGCCGACGAGACAGCUAAAAAUGCAGAAAUACAAGGGUGCCUUGCCGCUAGACGCAAUAUGAUGUCUAAAAUACGAAAGAUGGACGCAGAGGUAAUGAAGCAGCAGGAAAUAAUAUACGGCCAGGAACUUUUAGCGCAGCAUUUGCAAAAACGAAUAGAGCGCAUGUCAGGAACAAGGCGGGACACGGAAAGGAUUCGUCUAGAAGACCGCAUCAAAGAGCUGAAGGAGGAUCUCGAAAAAAGAAAUCAAGCAAAGAAGUUCCUCGACGAACAGGUGAAGCGCACUCAGGAAGCCCAACGUGAAGUACAGCGAGACUUGCAGAACAACAGGACCCUCACCGACCAGUUUGACUCCAAGGAGUCGGAGCUGAAGUUGCAUAAUGAGUGCUCGCUGAAAGAAUUGAAGCGCGUGGUAGACAGGAAGCAGACAGCCAUGGUAGACGACAACAUGCUGCGGCUGACCAUUAAGCAGUUGCGCCGUUCCCUGCACGCGCAGGUCGAGCAGGUGUUCUCACUGGACCAGCAACGACUUGAUAUGGAUACCGCCAUGAAGGAGCGUCGGCAGGAGAUAUUGGCUCAGAAGGACCUGCUAAAGGCUGAGCUGCGCGCCUUGGACGAGGAGAUUCACAAACUGGGUCGUGACCUGACUGACAGAGCGUCGAAGCUGGACAAGAUGAAGAAGAGGUACGAGGUUCUUCUUUGCUCCAUGGGACCCGUGGAAGAAGGAACGGAUGCCUCUGAUUCUCAUAUAUUAUACGUAAUCAAGGCUGCACAGGAAAAAGAAGAGGUUCAGCGUGAGGGAGACGAGCUGGACGCAAAAAUAAAGCGGACGGAGGCCGAGCUCGUGGCGCUGGAGAAUACCUGUCAAGUGUUGAAGCUGAAUAACGAGAGCUAUCGUAGAAACCUGUCGAGUCCCCUGGAAACUCAAGAAGAGCAAGAGAGUGCCGCCUAUAUGCAGCAGCUUCUUCAGCAGACCGAGUCGCAGGUUAAGGAACGUCGCCUGCAGCUGCUAGGCCUCCAGGAGAAGGUCCAGGCAAUGCAGACCGAGCUGGAUGAACUCACCGAACAGAAAGAGGCACUGGACCGACAGAAAGAGGAGCUUGAGCGGCAAAUGGCUCUCAGAAAGAAAGAGCUGAAGGAGCAGGAAGCCAAGCUAGAUCGGGCCUCCAGGUUCAACAACCACGUCAUAAAGCAGCUGCGUAAGAAGACUGGCCAUAUUCAGGCGACCCGGGAGGAGCAGGAUAUCGAGUUGAGGGUGCGGCGGGAGGAGGUCAGGCUUGCCGUCCGCAGCCUUUGUGACCUAACCGAACUGGAGCCGGACACCAAGCACCUAAUAGUGACGUCGCUGGAGGAGAGCGGCUGCAGUCUGCCGCAGAGUCGCGCCUCCUCGGCGCAGUCAUCGCAGCGCUCCUGCUCGCGGGACGACUUGCAGAGCUGCCUGUCCAUGGAGUCCUUCUGUUCAGACUCUAGUGGUGGAACGCCGGCUUCGCAGCGCUCGCUGCUCAAGUUCCCCAGCCAGUCUAGCCUGAGCAGCCAGGGUAGCGGCAGCGAGGUCAGUGCAGUGGCCAGCCAGGCCGGCAGUCGGUCCGGUUCGCGGAUGAGCAUGCGCAGUGGCCCGCCGACCGACAAGCCUUCCAGCCACACCAGCGCGUCGACCAGCAAGCGGGAUAUACGGAGCGUGGUGUCGGGCAGCCGGGCGGCCAGCCAGCAGAGCAGUCAGCUCAGUGUGGUUAACAUCGGCUUCUCAGGCUCCAGCAACACACCCGACGGCUCCCCCACCCCCUCCUCCGGCCCCAGCUCUGCCCUGGGCUCCAGGAAGUCUGUUGCCUCCAGCUCCAGCUCCUCGUCAUACGGCAAGACCAAGAAGAAGAAGAAGUAGUGAGACGCAAGGCUCAUAGUCCGGCAGCUGGGCGGGUGGAGUGCUCCUGACGAUCGAGCCGAUCGGCCGUUACGCCUGCGUUUGGCCAUAUGGCGGCAAUGACGGCGCCAGCCGCCGCUGGAGAUAGUGCCUCUAAACGCGGCCUGCGCGCCCAUGCAGCAUAUCUGCCUACCGGGAUCGGUGUGCCGGCCUCUAGUUGGCCGCAGCUGCUCAGCUAAGCACUGCACUGCGGUCGCUGGCUCGUCGAAAGCGCCACUCCGCAUUGAUUGAAUAGCCUGAUGCAUAUGGCAGAUGCCGGCACGGGCUCCUGCCGCUUCAUUUCCCGGCCGGUGAAAACUUCAACGGCACCAACCCCAGUCGUCACCAUAAAUCAUCGUGGUCGGACACCCGGCAGUCCAUGCAGAAAUUCUAUUUGUGAAAUAAAGAUGGAUGGGGGCGUGGGCGCAUUGGUCAUUGAUCAGAGACAUGUGCCGUCGAGAGCCCAAGGAUGGGACGAAUAUUUGGUGUCAAGCUCGCACU